AUGAGCCUAAGCUUUUUUGGCAGUACCGUGUUCAGGCGGAUGGAAUCAACAAUGAAAAUUGCUGGAUUCAGUAACAGACAAAUUAUUUCACCGGGAGCGAUUCCAUUUAUCAAUUCUGGAGAGCCUCUUAUACAAAAAUCACCAGAGGCACGUAGAAUGAGAAAGAGACUUUUAGAGAGACCGGGACUUAUUGCAGUGAAGCGGGGAAUGACGUGUUAUUUCGACAAUAAGGGAAGGCGGAUUCCUGCAACAGUGCUCGAAGUUGAUCAAUGCGAAGUCAUACAGAAUAAGACCGUGAAAAAGAACGGAUAUUACGCAGUUCAAAUGGGUGCAGGCUUUAGGAAACCGGAGAAUGAGACAAAAUCCAUGUUGGGUCAUUACAGGGAAGCAAAAGUGUCACCAAAGGCAUUUGUGGCGGAAUUUGAAGUGAAGAGUAAAGAUGGUCUUAUUCCACCUGGAACAGAGAUAAAGGCAGACAGAUUCAAGGUGGGACAACUUGUUGAUGUGAUCUCGCACUGCAAAGGUAAGGGGUUUGCAGGUGGUAUGAAGAGAUGGGGGUUCCAUGGUGGUAGAGCAACACAUGGUGUGUCACUUUCUCAUCGUACGAUUGGUUCAACUGGUCAAAACACAGAUCCAGCUAGAGUUUUCCCGGGAAAGAAGAUGCCAGGACAUAUGGGAGAUAUUAGUCACACUAUAUUUAACUUGGAGGUGUUGGAUGUGAAUGCAGAGAAGGGGUAUUUCUUAGUGAAAGGAUGUGUUAGUGGAUCCAACGGUUCAUAUAUUAAAGUGAGGGAUGCUCUCAAGUCCUACGGGUCGCACAUUAUUUCAGAUAAGAGUUCUUCUAGGACUUCGAAAGAAGAAGAAAACUAA